ACAAGAACAUCACUCCAAAAUGCCGUUAAUCAACGAAUCUCAUGACUCGCUGCCAUAUAUCGACGCGGCGCCCACUACGUCCGCGCAAGCGCGAGCGCAGCAGCUCAUCAACGCAGAGUUAUCCCCGGAGCACACCUCUACAAUGCACCCCUGGAUUCCGGAAGUGCCAGAACCCAAAUUUUCUCAAUUCAUGCAACAAGAACUCUCGCGCAAAGCACAAGGAGCACCUCUCACGGGUGGAAUCGAUCUAUCCCGUUACGAAGCACCUGAGGCCCCGACUCGCGCAUCAGACACCGAGACGCCUGACCUAGACGCAUGGCGCCAGGCUUUGCAGAAGGCAUAUGCGUCAAGCUCGCACCUGUCCAAGCGCCACGAGAACCUGGCUCUGCUGGAAGAGCAUGGCAAGAACGCUUGGCUGAUUGGCAAUUCACAGCUUGAGGAGAUACUCGGUUCCCUUGAGAAGGAGUUGGCAGAGACGAAGGAGGCGUCUGAGGAGGUGAACAAGCAGAGAAAAAUUACACAGGAGGCGAGCCAGGGUGAGCUAGUCAGUCUGGAGGAGACGUGGAAGAAUCGUCUUGGGGGGAUUCUUGAUGUUGAGGUGGCAUCUGAGCGUUUGCGCAUACAGCGUCUUGACCAUAUGCGUCAAGUGGCUCAGCAGCAGGCUCGCUAAGGGAGAACUUUCGUCUUGUUUGUGUACUAUCUUUCUGAGAAAUGAAAGCUUGUCAUGUUAGCGACCUUCUGCUGGCUGAGGGAUUCAUGUCCUUGAUCGCGCAGUCUCUU